AUGCUCUCCGUUCCGUCUACCACAGUACCACAAGUCGCGUUGAUCAGCUUCAUUCUAGGAUCAAUACCAAUUACACAGUCGGAGCGUCAUGAUGGAAAGUAUUGCGUGGAGAAGAAGGUAAGCGCACACUUUCGAGGCACGACUCGCUUCCCCUGACAAUUCCAUCCAUAGAAUCGACUUCGCCGACAUUCUCGCAGUACAAGUCCACAGCAUGCCAUGGACGAGCAAAGCAGACGCACGUACCACGUCCAUGCGAAACUCCUCCGUGAGCGAUGUCCGUACUUAUCAAGGCUUCAAGACGAAGUCGACCACGCCUUGUCGCUCCACGACGAAAAGCCGGAUGCCUUCGAAAGCUAUCUCCCUCUCCUCUAUACGGGCGAGGUAGCGGUCCUCGGGGACGACGAGAGGCCUAAGAACGAAAACAACAACAACAACAACAACAACAACAGCGAAAUCGACGACGAUGAGACUAUCUGGACCAACGUCGUCGACCUGUACACCCUCGCGCGGAAACUGGAAGAUCUAAAAUCUACAAAUCUUGUCACGGAUGAGCUCGUGGCUAUGCUUCGGACCGCCUCACCUCCUGCGCGCAUUAUCGAUUCUCUCUACCGCUCCGAUGACGCCGCCGCGGACAGACUGCGAAAGCUUUUUUCGCCCAUCAUGUCGUCGUGCAGGGCGAUCUCACCGGGCCGCUGUUCCGCGAGUACACUUUCACGAAUGCGAGCACCUCGGGCAUCAUGA